UUGACGUCGUAUGACACAAUGACACAUACAUAUUUUUAUACUCAUAUCGGUUAUUCGAUUUCGCUCAAACCGAAGUGCGAGCCACGAUGACACGUAGACACGCAAGGAAUGAGUUAAAAUCUAAAUAACUUACGAUAUCAAAAACUAAAUAUAACUUUACAACUUACAAGUCACGAAUCACGAAGCGUUCUCGUCCACACAAUCACACCGAACCUAACGGACCAGUCGUAUUCCGUUUAAUUCACUAUAAUAUUAUUGUUUAUCGAUAGUGCGUACUUGGUGAACGGUGUGUCGUGUGUACUGUCUGUACUGAAUGUUCGCUAAUCGAAAUUCAUAACAUACGAGUAAUUCAGUUGUAGACGUUUCAGUAUUCUAGUGUCGUGUGUUGCAUGUGCAACAAACAACAGUUGCCAUGUAUCCUCAAGUGAAUAAAGAAUUUAAUUUGCCAUCAGCUCCACCGUCCUACUCAGAAUCGAUCAAUGCUCCGAAGUAUGAGUUCCACAAUCAGGGCGAUAACGGUGGCCAUUCAUCAACAAUGGGGCCUCCACAGCCUACUCGAGUAGUCAUUGUCCAAACGAAUGCUCAAAAUUUACCACCAUUGGGUCCAAGAUCAGUACGGUUGACAUGUCCUACAUGUAAAUUAGUAGUGACGACAAACAUUGAAGAAGAGUCAUCAACUACUGCUUAUGUAUGCUGCAUGUUGUUGUUUAUUAUUGGGUGUUUCGUUUGUUCUUGUUUGCCAUUUUGCAUGGAUAACUUCAAGAAUACUAAACAUUCAUGUCCAAAUUGUAAUGCUUUCAUUGGGCUUUACAAACCAUAAACCAAUAAUAUUAUUACCACUAAUGUGCAAACUGCAARCGCAUAAAAUAUUUUAUUCCUCAUUAUAUUAUAUCAUUUUUAUCUUUAGUUUUGACAAUAUCUCUUACUUAGUGAACUAUUAAAUUACUAGAUAUUAAUACACAAAACUCUGAUUGAAUAAAUUUGUAGUGAUGAUAGUUAUCCUAWAUUUAUGGAGAUAUUAUUAAAUUUAUGAUUCAAGACGUGUUCUCUUAUUAUGUUAAUGCAUUUAUUAAUAUAUUUGUAUUCUAAGAAAAAGAAAUAAGUGAUAAUAUCUUAUAUAACUGAAAYGUAUUAAAGCUUAUUAUAGUUCUUGCCCUUGAAUCAAAUUGUAUUAUGUAUAUUUAAAUGUUUGAGGUGAGUUUU